CGGGCAGCUCCGGGCGCGGGCAGGAGGAGGAGCCGCACGGGAGCGCUCGUGCCGGCCAGGCUGGAAGAGCCCCGCCGGCCGCCCGCGCUGACUCCCGCUGUGCUCAGCGAGCCAGGGCUGCGGCCACCCGCGCUCCGGCCAGCGGCUCGUCGGGGCCCGCGGACGGCCCGGCGGCGCGCGGGGAGAUGUCCGGCGGCCGCAGGAGGGGCAGCGCCCCCUGGCACAGCUUCUCUCGGUUCUUCGCUCCGCGGAACCCUUCCCGGGACAAGGAAGAGGAAGAGGAGGAGAAGCCGGGGACCGGCCAGCCGGCGGGAGCGAACCGGAGUGCAGCCAGUGCUGAAAAUGAGUCUAUGAGCACAAGUCAGAAAAAGGAAAAUGCUCCUUCAUCAGAAGCAGUAAAGAUUCCCCAAGUCGAGGACAGAAGGAACCCUGCUGAGCAACCAGCCAUUCUUCCCAUGGUGGAUGACCCCCUAAAGCCAAAGGACCUUCCAGAUUCCACAGUGGAUGCCAAAACAGGCGAAAGUGACCGGCAGCCAAAAGAAAGCUUUUUUCAGUUUCUUGGGAACUUAUUCAAUAUCUCAGGAAAGUCAUCUCUUGGAGAGGUUAAGCAAUCUUCUUUCAAAGAUGACCAGGAUAAACCUGAGAAAGACCCACAGACUCCCACAGGCCCUCCUGAGGAGGGGAGCCAAAGGGAGAAAGAGAUCACCAGCUGCCCAGUGAGGACUCGGAUACUUCCUGAGGACCAACGAGAGUCCAACUCCUCAGAACUCUCUGAUGCCUUUUCUUUGGACACAACACAGGAGAGCGAACAGGAAACCACUGAUACGCUGAAAACAGACACGGCCGGUAAGCCCGAGAAGCCCUCAGUGACAUAUGCAACAUACCGAGGCCCUACACAAAUCAGGAAGUAUUUGAAGAAACAGCCUGGGUCGGAAACUGUGAAUCACUUAAACCGAGAGGAUGGAAACUCUGACUCAAGUACCCAGGCACGCACUGGCUCUAGAAGCAUACCGGACACUGUGACGGUCCCGCUGUCCACAGCCAGCAAAGACGUGACCACAAAAGGACACUUGCUUGGAGGUCCAUUGGAAGUCUCUGGUUAUAGCCAAACAAAUACCAACAUAGAAAACGAUCUGGAAAGCCCCCCAGAACUGCAGAAAAUUGCCUCAUCUAAGUAUAUUUUAAAUAAAAAUAGCCUUGGAGACCCCAGCAGCAGUUGGGCCUCCCCUUCUUCCGUGUCUAACCCCAGCUAUGUUGUUGGGGAACCUGACUCACAGAUGGAGAGGAGUUUAGUAUGUUCGUCAGUGUUUAGAGGAAGUAAAAGUAGCCAAGGCCCUUGUCCAGAAUUUCAGAGAAAAACGGCAACCGAAAAUACACUGAGAGUAAACAGCUCUGCCGUAAGUGAUGGGCUGCCGUCAGUGCCGGCAGAGGAGCGCGUUCAGCCGCAGAGGCCCGCUGUUUCGGAUUUCUCUUGUAGUAAAUCUGAUGGGAGUGACACUACCAAAAUGGAAAGUACAAAUUUGUCAAGUCCGAAUAAAUCAAUUAGGCAUGAAGAUGUACGGUUGCCAGAGAGUAAGUGUUGUGACAAGCCAGCAGUAGAUAACCCAUCGAGGCAGGAUGUCAAUCACACCCGAGUUACCACUCUCCGGGGACAUGCUGUGACAGACUCGGGACUUGUAAAUGAAGGAAAGAAGCUACCUGCCCAAGACAAACAGAAAAAUGUGCUUUCAGAAGUCUUGAGAGAAACAGAAUGUGCCUCAGGGAGCGAGCCCACAACUUAUAGUCAUGUAAGAGCUCCAGAAGUCAGAAUUGAGUCCUUACCCAAAGAAACUGAGCUGCCGUGUGACACAGAAACAGAAAAGCUUGGUGUGGAACCACAUGUCCAAACUCCUCCUCAGGAGAUGGGAGAAACUCAAGAGGACCCUGGGUCUGUGAAGUCUGUCAGUGACUCAGUGGGUAUAGCAUGCACAGAAAGUGAAACAGCGCAUGAACUAAAAUCUGAAUCUAACAGGAAUCCUAUUUCUGAUUCUCCUUGUCUUCUAGAGCCUCUUCAGCAAGGCGAAGUUUUCUCCGAGGCUGAGACACCUCUUAACCUUGACUGUAAAACUUCUGAUUGCAGUGCCUCGCCUCCUACCUCCGCUUCUAGAACAGACAGGCUUGGCCAGUUGGGUUUCCCUGGUUUAAAGGGUGAGAGAUCUACGUCCAGUAGAACUGGACAGGGCAAUGUUUGUUCUCAUCCUAAUGAGUGUAGAGAAGCUGUGGGAGCUCAUUCUGUGGCAGCAGACAGGGAGAACCCACGUGCCCCUCGCCAACUUCGACAAGCAUCUGCCAUCGUUGAUUCUAAGGACAUUCUUCGUGAUGGUGAAAAAUGCCAAUUCCCUUCAGGUCCUGAAACCCCUGGCACUCACUCGGCUGGGUUAGGCCUCUUAAACUUUGAGCCCGGAGACCUCUCUGAGAAUCUCAAUUCUGUUCCAUCUCACAGUCCUAAGAAAGCAGCGUUGGUGUCCUCAAGUGCUAAGGCUAGUAGGAGCCCUGUAGAGAAGUCUGAUUCUCUUCCCUUGGAAACCCAAACUGCUAAAAUGUUAGGAAACCUAGAGGUUUGUGAUCAAAGCAGCUUUCUUGUUGAGUUGAGUUCUGGAAGAGGAAAAACCUUGUCUGUGCCCCCUGUUUCUCAGGCAGAACCCAGAGAUGUUUCUCAGUGCGACAUUUCCUCCUCUCAAGGAACAGCUGCGGAAAAGCUAUCAGAGACUGUUUUAUCGGAGUUGAAUUACCUAGGUAUGGAGAAGGACAAAGACGCUCAACCAGUGGAUCACAGAGAGAGUAAAGAGUUGUGUUGCAGUGGUGGUUUUAAAGAGAAUCACCAGACUGGGAUUCCCCCUGCCUCUAAACAUCAAAGUGUACAAGAAACAGAGAUAAACACCCUAGGUACCACUGCUUCUAUUCUCAGAAGUAGGCUGCCUGGGAUUAAUCUUGCUCCAGAGGAGGAAUCCACAAGGCACAUGGCACAGAACUGUAAAGCUAGCACUAGCCUACUCAGUCCAUCUUUUGCUGUGUGUGGGACUAAAAAGAGUUCUAGCAUCUCUGAAAUGGAAGAACUGCGUUUAGACAAUAUUUCUCCAAAAUUCCAAGAAACUGACAACACACAAGUAUAUACAUCUUUUCUGGGUUCUGAUGGCCGUUUGGAGAAAAACGUGUUAGCGCCUGAGGUCUCCAGCUCACUGAAUGUGCCUUCUCUCCCGGGGUUAGAAGGGGAAGACUCCUCACAUGGAGACAACUCUUACUUCCAGAGUGCUGGCACUGGUUCCACAUCUCCCUCUUGUCACUCUAAAGGAGAUAGCACAGAUGUAAAUUCACAUGAUCUCCCAAGUAACUUUGAGUCUUUAAAAGUGAAUGUAAAUCUCACAGGUGAAGGUGCUUCUGUUACUGACCCACUGGGCCAUAAUAGCUUUUAUUUGGCAUUAGACAUACCUAACCCAAAAGAGACAGACAUGACCUCCAUUCAGGGAGGUUUGGGCACUCAUACUAGGAAGGCAUCUCUUGAUUCCCCAACCACUGCCUACUUUGACAAUCCCAUGAAAGCAGAGACCGGAACAGUUGCUGGGGCACCAGUGUCAGUUAACCGAUCAUGCCAGCAGUGUUCUGAGGCAUCUGCUGACCAGACAGAAGCAAGGAGAAGAGCACAUGACCCACUUUUACUCAGAAGUAGUUUACUCGCAAAAGCUGAUACGUUGACUGAGGAGAUUUUAAGUUCUAUCAGAGAAGAACUAAAAUCCAAACACACAGUUGGUUCCUGCCAGGAGCAUCUAGCCCAAGAUGAUAUAAUGAAUCCAGGUACUGUGAAAGAAGCUAUCCCAUCAGAAGUGGUGUUAGCAGGGAUCCAACUGAAAGAGAGUUUGGACGAGAAAGGUGUGGACAAUAUGUCAGAAGUCAAAGAGGAAGAACAGACCAGUGUUUCAUCUGUGGUUAGUGAAACAAGUCUCCUUUUUGAUCUUGAUAGAGUGCAUAGCUCUUAUUUGUUAGAAGAACAGGCCAAGGAAUUAGUCAAUGAAGUUACUUAUGCAGUCCAAGAAAAUUUGUUAAAUGAUGCUUUUGAUGAGAUUGAAAAUACCUGGGUUUCUGAACCUCAGGCUGACCCUUCAAAUAUCUGGAACAGCAAUGGCGGUGAUGAACCACAUGCUCUAGUUAGGGAGUUCUUGGUAGCAGAACAGACAGUAAAUCAAAGCACAUGUGAAAUUAGUGAAAAUGAAGUAUUAAGUAAAUUCUCCUCCGUAAGUCACUUACUUAGUGGCACAGAAUCCGUUAAAGGAAGAGAAAUUGUUCCCUAUCAAGAGUCCCCAGGUUUUGGAAGUGGGGCUGGACAGUCUGUCAGUAGGAAGUUGCAGAGAUCAGAGACAGUUGUGCAAGCUGAAGGCAUGCCCCCUACGUCCUUAGAGGGUAAAGUGAGGCCGCGUUUGUUUGUCAGUGAGGACUAUAGAAAGGCAGCAGAAACAGAGUGUGUGGAUAAUCACAAGAUGGCAACAGAAGAGACUAGAACUCUUGUACUAAAUUUCAACUUGCCUCUUGCAAACGAUGACAUCCAUGCACCGGGAACCUCCAAAAGCAGUUUCUCUGAUAGCCUCGUAUGCAUAUCUGAGAAAAGCUUGCCGUGGCACAAUAAGAGCAUGCCCCUUGUAAUGUCAGAUUUAGGGAAAGCAUACAAAAUCGAUAACGAAGUGAAUGUAGGGAAAAUGGUGGCCCUACCUUCCAUGUUGGAAACAGGAAAAACGAAUAAAAGGGACGCCGAACUGAAUAUUAGGAAACACGAAGCAGCCCCUCUUAUGCCACACAGGGAAAAAACGUGCAAAAUGGAUGCUGAGCUGAACAUCAUGAAAGCCGAGCCAGAGGUUAACAUGUUCACGAGAGGAGGCGUCUACCAAAUGGAUGCUCAGAUGCAUGUUGAAAAACCCGAGGACUUGCCUGUCACUUUGGGAAUGGAAAAGGCUUACAAGAUGGAUAGCGAGGGGGACAUUGGCAAAGCAGACGUCAUGCCCGUUAUGUCAGAACUGAAGGCUCUCCAUCUAAAAGACGCUGAGGGAGACAUUGCAAAGACUGAGGUGGCGCCCAUUUCAAUCGAGAUGGAAAGUUUUUACCAAAAACACGCUGAAGGGGAUGUUGGCAAGACGGGGGUCGCAUCUGUGAUGUCAGACGUGGACAUUUUCUACCAAAAGGAUGUUGUGGGGAUUUCUCCAAAGGCCGAAGUGACAACUGUUACCUUAGGAAUGGAAGACACUUACCAGAAGGAGGAAGAAAGUGAUGUUGCAAAGACCGAUGUGACAGGCAUGGUGCCCGCUGAACUAGAAAUGGAAGAUACUUAUCCAAAGGGCUCUGAAGGAGAUACUGACAGUACUGAGGGGAAGCCUAUAAGACUAGAAGUCAUAAAUAUUUAUCAAAAAUACAGUGACAGAGUUACCGGAAAGAUGGGGAGACCCAUGUCUCCUCUAAGGGAUGCUGAGGAUGUCCUAGGAAAUUCUGAAACAGUCCCAUUUGUGUUAGAUGUGAAGGAAACGUACCAGGAGACAGUACAUUCUCCGUUGGACAUCUUGGAAAAGAGGGUUCAAAGAGACACUGAAGAGACAAAUGGAACUGAGCCUGUGCCUUCUGAAAUAAACAUGGAAGUAAUGGCUCCAGAAGAUUCCAGUGGCAGCAUCAAGAACCCUGAAGUUGGUACAGAGGUAGCCAUCGAGAGCACCAAUAGAACAACACCAGAGGUGACCAUUACCCGAAUGGAGGCCAUGGGUCCUGUCUAUGAAAGUGAAAUGGGUCCUCAGGAGUACAUGGAGAAGAGCAUUGGAGAACUAGAAGAGCUGUCCAGUGAAGUAAAAGAAGGCUUGAUCUUGCAUGGUGACAGGCUUGCUUCACAUUUCAGGGGCUAUGAGUCACCUACGCUAAGUAGGGAUUAUGAGGGCUACCCAGCCUUAGCAAUGCCAGAUUUUCAAGAAGAGGACACAGUAGUAAGGCUCAACAAAAUAAUGUCUGUUCCUGCAGUAGAUGACAAGAGGAGGGAUAUGGAUUAUAGAGGAGAAAAGGAAGAGUCCGAUUUAGCCUUUGUGUCUCAAGAUGAGCAAGACAGUUCUUCCUUUACUAUAUUGUAUGAGGAGCCCCUUCAAGAGGAGGACAAGAAAAUCUCUGCAGAAGUACGAGGAACACGGUCUCUCUUGUUUCCUGACACCUCCUCCAGUGGCAUGCCUGGCCUGGCAUGCGAAAGGUCUGAGAGCAGAACUGACCUGGUCCAUCAUUUUGAAAAAGAAGGUAAACUAGCGGAGGCAUUCGAUGGAGACAAUUCAGAGAUGUUCUUAUCGGUGGAAGCCAAGAGGUACAAAAUCUAUCCCUUAGCCCUGAGUCCCAUUUAUGAGGAUGACAGUUCACAGGAGGACGUUCUAUCCAAUGAGGUCUCGCCUGGUCACCAUGGCUCCACCAAGUCAAGGGAGAGCGCAAACCAGCCCUCAUCCGUCUUAUCCCUCCUACAGUCAGUAUCAGAGCGCUUACAGAGAAACUUUGAUGGAGAUGAUGGAGAUGACAGACAGGUGGCUGAGGAAGAGGAGGAGGAAGCAGCAGUAGCAGCAGCUUCAGGUAAAGGUUUGAGAACUGAAAGGAGGGAACGUGUUACCUUCCACUUGCCGGAUCCUUCCAUCACCUUUUACCCCGACGAUGAUCAGGAAAGCGCUGGAAUUUCCAAGUCUUAUGUAGAGUUCAGUGAACCCACAACCUCCAGUCUGCAGCAUAGCCUGUGGCCAGAGAAGGUGCCCUUUCUGCAAAAAUCCGAUCUGACUUCUAAGUUGCAUUCUUCUUUGAAGAGUGCCUAUCAUCAGUACUUGCAGACUUCCCGGACUCACUCCUCCGAGACAGGGACCAGAUUUGGUGGCACCCUUCAGGAGCCGGUGUCCAAGCAUUUCCGCGUGCAGGACCACGCAGGCAGACUGAGUGCAUACAUGGAGAAUGUUGACAGACUCACUCUAAGAUGUAAUCCAAGGCCCGGCAAGAUGAUUAUCUAUGAUCUCCAUGGAAGUAAAUAUAAACAAGAAGUCUACUGUAAUAUCCCUGAUGCCACAGCAUGGUCUUUCCCGAAUGGGGCACUGAUAAAAGUUGUAAGGGGCUGCUGGAUUUUGUAUGAGAAACCCCAUUUCCAAGGUCAGAAGUGUGUGUUGGAAGAAGGGGAAAAAGUGUUAAACCGGGACUGGCUCCUUCAGAACAGGAAGCACCCAGAGAGAACCUUCGUCCUGGGCUCUAUCAAACGUGUCUUAAAGGAUUGCAGCAUUCCGGAAAUAGAGCUGCGCCCCAAGUCUGACCCUGGGUGGUGCCCCAUCUACAUACACCGAUCCAUCCCCAAUCUGGAAGAGCUGAACAUCCCCAAGUCUUCGACCUUCACCGUGAAGUCAGGAGUUUGGCUGGCCUACCCAGAUGUUAACUUUAAGGGGCAAGCUACAGUUCUGGAGGAAGACCAGGGGCUCUUCGAGAUUUCUGCGGCAGAGAUGAAAUCGCUGCAGACUCUUCAAAUGGGUGGACUGAAAGUGGAAAUGCCUAUGAACUUAAAGGUUAUCAUUUAUGAGAAACCUCAUUUCCGUGGACAUGCCAAAGAGUUUAGUGAACAUAUAGAGUCUGUCCCUAAGUUUUUAAAAAGUGACAAGGACUUCCGUGGCAUUGGAUCAAUUCGUGUCAUUGGUGGAGUGUGGGUUGCCUAUGAAAAGGAACAUUUCAAAGGCCAGCAAUUCCUACUAGAAGAAGGGGACUUUGAAGAUAGCAGUGCUUGUGGGGCAUUAAGCGGACCCAUCAUGUCUUUCCGGUACCUACAAGCUAAUUUCAUAGAAUCUUCGAUCACACUGUUUGAAUCUGACCUAGAAAGCGGGAAGUUUAUUGACAUUACGAAUCAGGAAAUUUCUGACUUAGAAGAAAUCGGCUUUGGCCGUGAAACAAGAUCCAUUCAUGUGAAGAGUGGCGCAUGGGUUGCCUACCACCAGAAGUUCUUCUGUGGAGAUCAGUACAUCUUAGAGAAAGGAAAAUACAAAUGCUUUUUUGAUUGGGGAGGCUCAAGUAACAUAAUCUUGUCAAUCCGACCGAUCCAACUGGAACCGCUUGGGAUAAAUGAGCCUCCACACUUGCUCAAAGCAUUCAGUAAAGCAGGCUUCCAAGGAGAGUGUAUCGAUUUCAUAAAAGAAUGCGCUGAUCUGACCUCCUUCACGCCCGCGUCCUUUAAGGUUCUCCGUGGCUGCUGGCUCCUGUACUACCAAGAAGACGGUUUCUAUCAUCAGUGCGUACUGGAAGAAGGCCUCUACACUGAUCUCACUUCCUGUGGCUGCCCAUCAGCUAGAGUCAGGGCGCUCAAGCCCAUCGACUAUUUUUUUGAAGAACCUUCCAUCAGCCUUUUUGCUCUAGAACAUUGUGAGGGAAGAGAGCUACAUCUUGAAGACGCCGUGAAUUCUGUUUUGAACAAGGACCUACACUUCUAUACCCAGUCUGUGUGGAUAAAGAGUGGCUUAUGGAUAGCUUAUGAAGGUUCCAAUUUCUUGGGAAGGCAAAUCCUCCUUGUGCCUAAUGAGAUCCCAAAUUGGACAGCAUUCAGUGGGUGGAAAACGAUCGGUUCUGUGCGCCCUAUGAGGCAGCCUGCAGUGUACAUCAGAAUAAGGAACCGAGCCCAGGAUGAAUAUCUGACCGUCACUGGGAACCCAGCAGAUGCACGGACAAUGUCUGUAUGCGUCUCUCCCUACAGUGGAAAAGACACUCAGAUCUGGCACUACUGCCGAGGACUGUUUAAAUCCAAGGCCAGUGACACAUGUCUUGAUGUGAUUGGAGGCCGGGACACUCCAGGAGCCAAGGUAGCCUUGUGGACUGAACAUGGGCAGUUCAGGCAGAAGUGGAGAAUGAACAGAAAUGGAACCAUCAGCUCUUAUCUCAGUGAUGAACUUGUCCUGGAUGUUAAAGGAGGAAACUAUUGUGACAAGACUCAUGUCAUUGUAAAUCAGCCCUUGGAAGGAGAAGAAACACAGAAAUGGGACAUUGAAAUCUUGUGAGAGAAUCACAAGAGCACCUCCACCCACUCUUGCCCUGUGUGCAAGGGAAGGAAGCUGCUGUGUUCACACUAGUGCACUGUACACAGAAACUUUCUCCCAAGCAGUGAAACCACUGCUCCAUGGAAAUGCUAAAACAUUCUCACCAGUUAUGGAGUGUCCUUGUGAAGAAAAUGUAAAUUAUUUCUUUUCCUGAUGGAUCCAGUUGUAGUGACCAAUUUCUUUUCUCUCCUAAGCACUAACCAUGACUUCUGUCCUUGAUGGCGCCGAGUUGUCUGGACAGUGUGUUCUACGCAUUAGUUAGUAACCAGUGUCCUGCUCCAUGCUCCUGUGAAUGAGGCCCAGGGAAACAAAUUCCUGCAGGUUAUCAUACUCCUGCAGGAAGAUGAGUCAUUUUUAGCACCAUCCGAAGACUUACUUUAAAAAGCUUUUGUAUUAAGUUGCUGCUGUAUUAGUUUCUAUAUAGAAACCUUUUAACUGAAACACUCAUAAGUAUUUAUAUUUUUUAAUUACUUGACUCCAAGGAAGGACCUUGGCUUCUUGAGGCAAAAGGCACUAGUACUUAAAGUACUUUCUGUGGCAUGGCCAGUCUUUACUGUUUUUUUAACUACAAACCUAGCAUCCCAGUGUGCUCACCAACACGUCCUGAGGUGACAAUACUCUUGAGAGUGCCUACCUUACAUUGUGCCUGACCUAAGGAGGAAAAGUAAUAUCAAGACCGAGUCACUUAUGUCUAAGACCUGAACAUGUCCCUGGAGUAAAGCACUACUCGCAGGUUCAGAUAGAGCAAACAGGGUUUCUAAUUUGUCUCUGACACCUGAACAGGCACAGCUGAGCAAAGCCAGGUACAGAGGCACCUGCACAGUAUAUAGGUCAACAGCCAAAAUUUGCUUCAGAUAGCCACUGCUUUCAGCCCCAGUUUUGACCAGAAAAAAAACAAAACUUAUUUUUUACAGAAAUUCUCCAGCAAUAUUUUUAAAUACCAACUUGUAUGCACUUUAGAAUGUAAAAUAACCGUGAAUACUUAAGACACAAAGAGCCACCUACUUGGAUUAUUUUUUAUACUCUUGGUCUUUCCAUGUAUAUACUGGCCUCUUUUUUUUUUUUUUUUUUUUUGGUCUGGCUCUUCUGUCAUCUUCCAAGCAGCGUCUGAAAGCUCCAAAUAUGCACAGAUGCUGGGUACCUCUUAUGGGCUGGCAGUAUUACACAAAACAUGUUUAUUUUAAUGGGGAAAGGGGUCAUUUAUGCUCAAAGAUUGUAUAUUUUCAUUGUAAAAAAAAAACAACUUUAUUCCUAAGUUUUAAUUGUUAAAAAGUAUUUUUGGAGCCAAGGAUGCUCUUUAAAGGAGUUAUUUUUUCCAAAGAACCAAGACAAAGAAGCCAGGUUAAUGACAUAAUUCUAUAUGACGUAUGUACUGGAGUUGUGCCUUUUCUACAACACUGGAUUAAAUAAACUUGUCCAAAGUAUCAUUUUA